UCAAGAUCAUAGAGAGGACCAUGCCUCCGGGUUCCUAGGCGGGCACCGGAAGCGGCCUCGCGGUCCCGGUCGCCUUUUGCUCUGUGGUUCUGGGUUCCUGGUUGGUCCGGCGGGAUGGUGAUUAUAGUUUUCUCUUAACUACUUGCCAGAGCUAGUCCUGGGGAGCGCCAGCCAUCCCCAGAGCUGCGGGAGUGCUCUGAUUCUAAGGUUCUUCCUGAUUCCUGGGAUGUAAGCCAAGUGAAUCCUAUCCUGAGCCAUUGCAGUCUAAGAUGUCCACCAAGUUGAGAGAGGAUCCAGUCUUGACUCCUGUGGUCGACACUCCAGAGGAACAUGAGGGUCUGAGAAGAGUGAAGGUAGAGGAAGAGGAGAACCAUACUUGGGAGCAGAAGCCUGGACAACUAGGGAAUGUGCACACUUAUGAGGAGCUUCUCUGUCAGCGCUUCAGACAAUUCCGCUAUCAAGAGGCCCCUGGGCCUCGAGAGGCGCUGAGACAGCUCCGGGAGCUCUGCCAAAAGUGGCUGCAGCCUGAGCGGCACAGCAAGGAGCAGAUCCUGGAGCUGCUGGUGUUGGAGCAGCUCCUGAGCAUCCUGCCAGAGGUGGUUCAGGCCAGGGUAUGGGAGUAUCAUCCAAGAAGUGGAGAGGAAGUGGUGACUGUGCUAGAAAAUCUGGAGACAGAACUUGAAAGCAAAGGACAACAGGUGGGAAAAGGGUCCAAGCCAGUGCACAUUACAAACAAGAAGUGCUCUGGAAGGAAGUGAGACCUGCAAGCCUUACAAAUCAGUCACUGAUCAUCCAGCUAAAGUGUGAUCCUUGGGAGCACUUUCCCCUGCAAGAGAAUGCCUAUGAGGCCAGGAAUACAACUGGUGAAUUUGCCCCAAAGCAGAUUUCUUCAGAAAGGAAUUCACUGGAUGCUUUCCAGGA